CGACGGACGAUAUGAGCCUGAUGAAGGUGAGAUGAUGUCCAGCUGAUUGACUGAUUUCAGAAAGGUGAUACCAAAAUCCAGAAUCAGAAGAUGAAAACAGACAAUCAUACAGCUUGUAAUGCACAAUUGUUAUACUUCACAGCAUCUCAGUAAUCAAUACAUCAUCCAUUACUGGGCACACACCUAAAGAGGCACUGAUAAACAACCAUGGAGUAUCAGCAUGAGGGAAAUGUGUUAUUUGAGGCUAUUGGACACCGUGACUGGCAAGAAGCAAGACUUAUCUGUGAAGAACAUCCCCACCUUAUUAACACUCACAGAGCCGUUUGGAAUGGUGAAACACCAUUAUUACAUGCUAUGACACGAAAACCACCUGCACCAGAAGACUUGAUGCUACUGAUGGUUGAAAAAGCUACAGUAGGGAAUAUAGAAUAUGAAAACCCGGUUGAGGAAAAUAUUAUGAGUCAUUUGGCAAUGCAUAUGUAUACAUCAGCAUUGAGAUGUGCAUUGAAAAAGUCUCCCAGAAAAAUAAUUAUGAAAAAAUCGUACUCAGUCUUCAGUAACCUGAUUAAAGCUGCAG